AUGCGCAUCCAAGCCAUCCUCGUGCCCAUCCUCCUCGUCCUAAUGGACAUCCUCUCCAUCACCACCGCAACCCCAGUCCCCGAGACCGAGAUUGAUAUCAAAACAAGCACCCCGAACGCUGUUCACCUCGCCACAAGCUUCAUCUCGCUCUCCCACGCUCUGUCCUCCCUGCGUCUUACCGAUUGCCCUCUCGACGCCGUGCCAUUCUUCCCCUUCAACCAGACAACCACCACCACCACCAGCGUGACAGCCAGAACCAACACAACCGAACUAACCCCACCCUCCACGCACCUCUCCCUCAGAUUCAUCGCCCUCGGCCGCGGCACCCAGAACUACACCUGCCCUGCCGCCCGCAGUCACCGCAGAAACGAAUCCGCAUCCGCGACCCCCGUGUCCACCGGCGCCGUAGCCACCCUCUACGACGUCUCCUGCCUUGCGCCCACAAAACACUCCCAAACCGGCGGCGGCGGCGGAAUCCUCCUACACACCCUCCCGGCAUUCACCCACGCCCUUCCGCAGGAAGUACUGGCCUUGUAUGCCGUGCAGCUGUCGCGGGCCACCAUCAUCGGACAGCAUUACUUUUCUGCUCCCGCUGCUGCUGGUUCCGGUUCCGCUUCAAUUUCUUCGAGCAUGCCGGUCUUUGACCUUCGAGCGGCGCAGUACGGGCAGCGGGGUGGGAAGUUUGAGGGGAACUGGGUGCAAGCGAAGAAGGUGGAAAGUGUGGCUGCUCCCGGCGGUUCGGAGGAUGUGCCGUGGUUGAAGUUGGUUGGGGAGGGGAAGGAGGGAGGGAUUAAGGAGAUCUAUCGUGUUCAUACGGCUGGCGGGAUGAGUCCGGCGACAUGUGCGGAGCAUGAGGGGGAGUUUGCGGUGGAGUAUGCGGCUGAGUAUUGGUUUUAUGGAUGA